AUGGCCGUUGAGCCAUCGACAGGCGCACUCACCACCUCCAGGACGAGUGGCAAGAUCACCUCGGCAGGACAGCUAGAAAGUCCGACAUAUAAGCAGUCAAAUACACGGAUGAGUGAAGAUAGUAGGACUUACGACUUGCCCAAUGUUGGCACACGCAAAGGUCUCGGCCGAGAGUGCGGCAACAGCGAGGACGAUGGAGAACUUCAUUUUGAAUGGGAAAGUGCAAUAGGCUUAUUGGAUUGA